AUGGAUGUCUUGUGGGCGGAUCCAGCGGUGGUCGGGGGGCCCGGGGAUAGGGAUGCGCGCGCUGAUAACGGCGGGGAAGGUGGAGAGUACGACGACGAUGACGAGGAGCAGGAGGCGCCGGCGCUGGAGCGACUGGAAGCCGUGUCGCGCCACUCGACCCCGUCGCGCUUUUCGUUGAACGCCUCGCCCGAGGUGCCUGGCGCGGGGAGGGAAAGGUCCGCUGAGGGCAUUCCCCGACCUCGCACCGGAGGGCACGGCGCGCGCGGUAUGCACGACGGGGUGCAGGCGCAGAGGGGCGACGGGGCCCCCAAGGUCCAUCCACGCACCCGCGCACUGCGCGCGUCGCACCACCGCCGCUGGGCGUCGUUCGACGGUUCGAAUGCAAUGCUUUGGGACGGAGAAGACAAUUUGCGUGCGCAUUCCGCGGAGAAUUCGGCGCGGUUGCUAUGGGGCGGCGCCGCGGAGCAACAGCUGCAGAGCUCGCUGCACCCCGACAGCCUGCUCCGCGAAUCCUCCGCGUCCGCAGUCGGCUCAGCUUGCCCAAAGCCCUCCGUGCGCCGAACGCGCACGCGACAGCAACGGCAACCGCGGGCGAACGCGAGCAGCCAGUCGCAGAUGCGGUCUCGAUCGGACCGGCUGAGCGGCUCGGGUAACCAAUCGGAUGGCGAAGUUGAGGGCGGCGGCGGGUUGGCCGGCGAGGGGUCGUCGGACGACGACGAGCUAUUCCGCCCCACGCCGCCGCGCGUGCUGGGCGGCGUCGGAGCGCGGUCCGGCAGGUGGGCGAGCGCGAGCAGCGGGGAGCGCGGGUCCGUGCUGGCGGCGUGGCAGCAGCGCGAGCUGGCGCAGGUGGAGGAGAAACUCCGCCACGCGGGCGAUGGCGGAGAGAUGGCGGGGGGCGCACUGGCUGGUGAGAGUCAGGGGCGGGGGAUGGAUGGACUGGGGGACGAGAGGCGCAGGCUCGGCGGAGAGGCCUUGUGGGGGAGGGGGGAAGGGGGAAGGGAGACCGAGGCGGAGAUGGUGGGCGCAGCGGAAGGGGAAGGUAUUGAGUCAAUGGUCAGGGGCGCGCAUGGUGCGCUGGCAAGUGAGAUGAUGACACGUGGACUCUUGGAUGUUGCUGACGUGGAUGCGAGGGAGAACGGGUCGUGCGGAGGAAGCGAGGCGGGAAGGCGGAGAGGGCAGCAAGGGGGAGAAGAGGAUGAACGGGAAGACGGGGAGGGGAGGAAGCGGGGGGAGGAUGUCGGAGGGCGGGAGACAGACGGAGAGGGGCUGAUGGAGGGCGCAGCGGGUCAGGAGGAGGCGGAGGCGGAAAUCCAAGGGGCGGAAGACGCUGAAGGGGAGGGGGGCCUGGGGGACAGGGGGGAGUUAGACGGAGAAUAUAUGGAAGGGCGGAGCAGAGUGGACGGGGCGGAGGGGGGGGGGGAAAGCGAUGCGCGCAUUGCAGAGGAGCACAAGGCAGAGGAGGGGGAGGAGCGCGAGCAGGGCGGCCAUGGGGAGGGCGGGCAUGGGGAGGGCGGGUGGCCCAAGUUCCUGCGGCGUAAUGCAACCGCGCAGCCGGGGGGGGCCAAGGGGGAGAGCGGGGGGGGGCGGGGGGAGCCGGCUGGGGCAGCUGCUGCGCAACGGGACGUUCAAGCGCCCGCAGGGGGAGGGCGAGGAGCGCCACGGCAGCCGCCUGGGCCGCGUUGCCACUGCUGUGCGCGCUGGGCUCAAGUCCACCACUCGUUCUUGCCUCUCUCCCUCCGCCCUGACACCCGAUUCCCCCCACAUUCCGCCCAAUUAUCCACUCCGGAUAUCUACUCUCAUACGCACCCCGUUCUCCCCUCUCCCCUCUUCCCCCCUUCUCUCUUCCCCCCCCCACCUUCCCCCAUCCGCGCGCGCAGGGAGGGGAAGGGCUUUGAGGGGCUGGCAGCGCCCAAGCGGGUGCAGUUCCAAAUCACCGAGCUGGAGUUCGCCACGGACGGCUUCGCGCGGGAGAACAUAUUGGGAGAGGGCGGAUUCGGCACGGUGUACCGCGGGCUGCUGCCAGUAGCACCGCGCGUGGAGGUGGCGGUGAAGGUGUUGAAGCAGCUGGGCGUGCAGGCGGACGAGGAGUUCCACAUCGAGCUCGAGCUGCUGUCGCGGCUCGACCACAAGAACCUCGUGCGCCUGCACGGCUUCUGCUCCACCGCCUCCCAGCGCAUGCUCGUCUAUGAGUACCUGCCCAAUGGCUCCCUCACCGACCACCUCCACGGCCCCCCGGGAACGGCAGAGCUGUCGUGGGAGCGGCGCGUGCGCAUAGCAGCGGGGGCGGCGAGGGGGCUGGCUCACCUGCACCGACAGCGACCGCAGAUCCUGCACCGCGAUGUGAAGGCGCCCAACAUCCUGCUCACCUCCAACUUCACUGCUAAGGUGGCGGACUUUGGGUGCGCGAAGCUGAUACGGCGCACAGAGGUGGUGGAGGAUGCGGUGACGGGGAGGCAGGUGGAGCGGCUGUGUGACAGUGUGGACUACGCCAUGGGCACCCCCGGGCACAUGGCGCCCGAGAUGCUCAUGACUGGCGAGAUCAGCGCUGCUACUGAUGUGUACAGUUUCGGCGUGGUGCUGCUGCAGCUGGUGACGGGGCGGCUGCCGAUAGACUCGAGCCGGCAGCAGCUGACGAUGUGGGCGGCGCCGCUGCUGGAGGAGGAGCGCUGGGAGGACCUGCUGGACCCGCGCCUGCAGCGCGCCCUGCUGGGCCGGGUCAAUGGGGGGGGCGCAGGGGGCGGGCGAGGGGGGGAGGACGCGGCAGGGGCGGGGGCAGUGGCAGGGGCAGCGGGGGAGUUGAGGCGGCUGGUGGCGGGGCGGUCGGUGGGGCGGUGCCUGCAGCUGGCGGGCACGUGUCUUGACAUGGACCCCCUGCAGCGCCCCUCCAUGGAGGAUGUGGCGCUCUCCCUGCUCGCCAUCUACAGCUCAGGUGCCCGCUUCCCCCUCCCUCCCUGCCACCCUCCCUCACCUCCACGGAUUUUUAAACACUGCCUCUCCCGCACUGCCCACCUCUCCAUCUCACGCCCCCUUCCCCCCUCCCCACCCUUCCCCCCUCCCCACCCUUCCCCCCUCCCCACCCUUUCCCCCUCCCCACCCUUUCCCCCUCCCCACCCUUCCCCCCUCCCCACCCUUCCCCCCUCCCCACCCUUUCCCCCUCCCCACCCUUCCCCCCUCCCCACCCUUUCCCCCUCCCCACCCUUCCCCCCUCCCCACCCUUCCCCCCUCCCCACCCUUCCCCCCUCCCCACCCUUCCCCCCUCCCCACCCUUCCCCCCUCCCCACCCUUCCCCCCUCCCCACCCUUCCCCCCUCCCCCCCUUCCCCCCUCCCCCCCUCAGCCUGCGCGGAGCGAGACGAGGCGCUGCAGCCGGCAAGCGAGGGCUUCAGAAGCGGCCGAAUGCUGCCGCCCGCCGGCCCGUCAGACCCCACGCGUGCGGGGUCAGGGGGGAGCUGCAUGCAGGGGGCGGGUGGGGGGGGCAGCGGGGCAGUGGUGGGGGGAAGUGCGCGGAUGA